GAGCGUGCCCCGCUGCGUUUGGCGAAUAGUGGGAUCCGGGGAGGGUGAAGGAUGAUGAGCUGUCUCAAGGUUGGGUCGGGAGGAUGACGAUGCUGGUGGCAACAACUGCAAAGGGCGUGUGGACGACAACGGCCGCUGGCUUGCGACUACAUGGGUAAUCUUGACGAUGCGUUUCAUGACUCAAGACCCGGUGCUGCAGGCUGGCAAGCGGCUCUCUCUUGGGUCUGGCAGCCAGACGCCCAUGGACGGGGGAGCUUGUAGUCUACUAGACAGCCGAUGCGACUUCAGACGGCGACGAACCUGACAUGUUGAUGCCGCCAGCCAGACAGCGGCCUCCUGCGUUGAGCAGCGCAGCCGCAUUAGAUAGACGGACGGCAGCACUGGGCGCCCCGUCACCGGCCCCGCCAAUGAGUGAGGCGCGCACAGAGAAAAGCUUCCAGAAGGCUUCGAUGCACACUGAGGUUUUCGAGUGGGGAGGCAGAGGGGGCGCUAUCGCUCUUUUCGUCUCGAGUAGUCCAAUCAUGCCAGCCUACGGCCUUUGUGCAUCGUUCCUCCACACCACACUACCUACACACUACACACUACAUACCCUCUCUCUCUCUCUCUCUCUCGACAGCCUUGGUCCCCGACAUCACCCUCUCCAUCGACAACCUGAGUGCGCCCGAUGCUGCUCGCAGUGCGGCCGAUUCUGCGAGUGCGCUGCUUGCGACACUGACGCUCACGUCUCCAACGAACGACCCACCCCUGCGUCUGCGACCUGCCUCUCCGCACCCGCUCGCUCGCUCAUUCACUCACUGCUGUGCUCCGUGGCCAGUCGGUCUGCAUCUCAAACACCCUGCAGCGCCAUCGACGACCGCUGCAAAGCCGUUGCGCUGCUGCUGCUGUCGUCGCUCUCGUUCGCAUUGAGACGCAGCUGCCGUCCUGUGCCCUCCCGCCAUCGCACCUUCCUCCAAACGUCGCUACCCGCCUUACCUGUCUGGCUGUCGCUUUCGCCGUUCGCGCCUCCCGCAUUCCUUGUAAACAGCCUCAGACAUUGUGUGCCAUUGCCGCCGCAUCGCUGCGAUUCCUAGACCUGCCUUUGACGUCGCCGUUUCACAUUGCAUCGCACACUAACGCGCCCACUCCCGCCUCCCAUCGCUGUACCUCCCCCACGCUCCCACGCUUCUGCUUUGUUCUGCAGCGCCCCUGCACCACCAUCUCGUUGCAGUUGGAACCUGCAAUCUGGUCAUAGAUUGAA